AUGGCUUCCUCACAGCCCGAUUCGCCGUCCGAUUCUGAGCAUGAAGCUAUUCCCGAGUCCCCGCCGAUGCCGCCAAGCCUCCAUCACGCGCCGCCAAGCCUCCAUCACGCGCCGCCAAGCCUCCAUGACGCUAUUCCCGAGUCCUACACCUUCCCGCUGCCUCCUUUACCUCAGCAGUACGAUACGCCUGAGCAAGGAAUUGUCGCGAUCAAUAUCUUCGGCCGCCAGCAUGGCUACGCAGUCUCAACUCUUCGGUCGAAACGUACAAAGAAAGGGGUCCUAAAGACAGUUCGCCUAUGCUAUGACCGGGGCCGCCGGCUAAGAAACAGCCCGAAUAGCCCUACGCGGAAGCGGGAGACUACCUCGCUAGCGAUUAAAUGCCCCUUUUCGAUAUCGCUACGGCUUUAA